UAGAAGUUGAUAGACAAUUCAACAAAUUUACCAAUGAUGUGGAUGAUUUUUUGUUUUACUGGAUAUUUAUUUGCCUCCAUUAUCCUAACCUUGUCAACAUUUUGAAAUUUAUUUCUCAAGUUUUAUUCAUCACACGUCCAUGGACCUUAUCAUUACCAUGUCCUGACUGGAGUUCGAUUACUUAAAAAAGCAUCAGUGUACCGGUCUCUACACAUCUAUGGGUCCAGUUUAUUUAUUUAUCUGUCUUCACUUAUUUUAUUGAUAAUAAUUAGUGCCAAAUAUGUGAGUUGUUUGACAUCUGCUCCGCAAGAUAAUAUUUUGAUAACCCAAAAACAUGAUGGCCUUCGUAUAAAUAUAAAAACUGUACCAAAAUUUUUGCAAUAACUUCUAGUUUUAUACAACAAUGAAUCUUUUGAUACAAUUUUCUAAUUGUAAGUUAUUAAGAAAUCAUGAAAUCAUUAUUGAUGAUUUUUGGGUGCGAAAUGGAGUAAUAAUCGAUCCGGAGAAGAUAUUUUAUGAUGAACAGAUUCAAGCUAAUGUACGUAUUGAUUGUGAAGGUGCUUUGAUUGUUCCUGGAUACAUUGAAUUACAAAUAAACGGUGGCUAUGGUGUUGAUUUUUCUUACAACGUUGAUAAUGUUGAAGAAGGAGUGAACAAAGUUGCCAAAGAAUUGCUAUCUCAUGGUGUUACAUCCUUUUGUCCAACUCUAGUGACUUCACCAGUUAAUUCCUAUCAUAAAAUUUUGCCUAGAAUAAAAAAGCAGAAAGGUGGUAUCCAUGGUGCUAGUGUUUUGGGUGUUCAUGUUGAAGGACCUUUUAUCAAUCCUGUUAAAAAAGGAGCACAUCAGGAACUGCACAUUAGAAAGCUUGACAAUGGAUUCCAAACACUUCUUGAUGUCUAUGGAGAUCUAAGCAAUGUCUGCUAUGUCACAUUAGCACCAGAACUUGACAAUGCUUGUGAAGUCGUCAGAGAAUUAUGCAAAAGGAACAUAAAAGUUUCUGUUGGACACUCUGCAGCUGAUUUAAAGCAAGGAGAAGAUGCUGUUAAAUCAGGAGCAUCUUUCAUCACUCAUCUAUUCAAUGCUAUGCUGCCGUUUCAUCACAGAGAUCCAGGUCUAGUAGGUCUUUUAGCUUCUGAUCAAAUCCCCUCUUCAACAACCGUCCACUUUGGUAUCAUUGCUGAUGGCAUUCACACUCAUCCUGCCGCUCUUCGUAUAGCUCAUCGAACUCAUCCUGAAGGUCUUGUCCUGGUGACUGAUGCUAUCUCUGCUCUUGGUCUGACUGAAGGAAUACACAGACUAGGUCAAGCUGACAUAGAAAUAAAAUCAGGACGUGCUUAUAUUGCUAAUACAAACACCCUAUGUGGCAGCACAGCAAAAAUGUCUGAAUGUGUAAAGUUUUUUAAGAAAGCUGCUGACUGUUCAAUAGUAGAAGCACUUGAAGCUGCCACUUUACAUCCAGCACGUGCACUUGGAAUAGAAUCAAAAAAAGGUACACUUGACUUUGGCGCCGAUGCUGAUUUUUUGAUACUCAAUGAUCAUUUAGAUAUCAUUUCUACAUGGAUUGCUGGUGAAUGUGUUUAUAAUGUUAAAAAUUAAUUAAUUAACAUAUAAAAGUAGCAUUUAUA